CGGGAUUCGCCACUGCCUCCGCUCCGCUACUGCAGCCUGGUCGCGAGGAGCUGUACCAAUCCACUUAUUAUUAGCGAUAUCAGAAAUUAUAAACAAUUUGCCAUAUUUAAACGCAGGGAAAAGUCAGGCGUUGGAUACCACCACCCUCUGCAAAAUGCAGGCCAUCAAAUGCGUCGUGGUGGGCGAUGGAGCGGUGGGAAAGACAUGCCUUCUCAUCAGCUAUACCACCAAUGCCUUCCCUGGAGAAUACAUCCCCACAGUGUUUGACAACUACUCUGCCAAUGUGAUGGUAGAUGGGAAACCAGUGAAUCUGGGACUGUGGGAUACUGCAGGACAGGAGGACUACGACAGGCUCAGACCACUGUCCUAUCCACAGACGGACGUGUUCUUGACAUGUUUCUCUCUGGUGAGUCCUGCCUCCUUUGAGAACGUCAGAGCUAAGUGGUACCCGGAAGUGCGCCACCACUGCCCCAACACCCCCAUCAUCCUGGUGGGCACCAAGCUGGACCUGAGGGACGACAAGGACACCGUGGAGAGGCUGAGGGACAAGAAGUUGUCCCCCAUCACCUACCCUCAGGGCCUGGCCAUGGCACGGGAGAUAGGUGCGGUGAAGUACCUGGAGUGCUCAGCCCUGACCCAGAGGGGGCUGAAGACCGUUUUCGACGAGGCCAUCCGGGCCGUCCUGUGCCCGCCGCCCAUCAAAAAGAGGCGCAAGAAGUGCACCCUCUUCUGAGAGAAGAGGGGGGCGAGGAGGAGGGGGGUCUGCAAGAAACUGAAUCUACUGUUUUACAGAAAGUGUUGCUAAUCGAUGGCUGUCAGUGUCUCAAAUGGCACCCUAUUCCCCCUUUGCCACUGGCCAAAAGUAGUGCACUAGGUAGGGAAUAGGGUGUUGUUUUAUAAGGUAGCAGUAGUGCACUAGGUAGAGAAUAUGCAACCUUCACAGAUACAGGUUGUUGACACAGGAGUGGGUAGAACUUGAAAGGGUGUGUCCCAAAUGGCACCCGAUUCCUUAAAUAGUGCACUUCUUUUGACCAGGGCCUGUUGGGAAUAGGGUGACAUUCGGGACAUUGACUAAGGCACAAUUAAUUGAACUCCACUUUUAGGACUUUUACAUCCAUUCUGUGUGACCUAUGCCUUAAAUCAAUUGGGUAAAUUCAGCGGGUCAGUGUCUCAGAGAGAGGUCAUUCUAGAUGGCGAUGGAAGAACAACCAUAAUGGGUUGUAAAUCUGCUACUAUCCUGAUCAGCUAAGCUUCUUUCCUUUAUAAGACCCAAUACAGAACUCACACACACACACACACACAGGUGAUUUUACUGGCCAGGUCAGGUCACAUGGUCAGGAACAACUCUUACCCAUAAUAACUGGCCUCUGUGUCCAAUGUGAAAGAAGAUGAAUCCUCAAGAAAGGGGCCCCAAAACAAAUAUGAUUUGUUUCCUUAAAACGUGUCAUUUUAUUUAUUUGUAUUUAUUUUAUGUUUUUUUUUAAAAAAUGUUUUAGUUUCUUCAUGUCUUGCAAGUGCAAACCAAAAUUGUAGUCAUUGAUAAAAGCUCCCUGCCGUCUUGAACGUUCCACUCUUAACGUUAAUGUAUCUACUGAUGGGAACUCUCCUACCUGGGGAUCAGGGCCCGGAUUCACAAAGCCUCUCAGAGUAGGAGUACUGAUCUAGGAUCAGGUCUCCCCUGCCCAUACAAUCUCAUUCAUUAUAAUGUAAAAUACUAAACUGAUUCUAGAUCAGCGCUCUUAUCUCCGAGACUCUUGAGACACACAGGCCAAAGGAAUGAUCUUCCAGCCAGGAUGCCAGUUUGCACAGAACAACGAGACCUUGUUCCGUCCUUCCUUUGUCCCUGCUUGGCAGUUAUUCAGCGUCAGUUUAACUGCUCCAUUUGAAACCCACCGAAGGGGAAAAGGUUGACAAUGUGCCAUAGCGAAGACUGUUUUUUUUUGUGGAACUAGCAUGCCAAAUCGUGACGAGCUCUCUCUCUCGCUGCAGAACCCAGACUACUUAAGUAAGGGGGUGUCUCCAAUGGUACCCGAUUACCUGUAUAUGUAUUUAUAGACCCUGUUUCAAAGUAGUGCACUAUAUAGGAAAUAGGUUGCCAUUUGGGAUACAUCCUAUCUCCUUUAAAGGCUCCCAAGAGGACAUGCGUUCUUAAUAUGUUUUUAGGCUGUUUGAACAUCUGUAUUUUUCUCUCCCUCUCUCUCUCGUGUGUGUGUGUGUGUGUGUGUGUGUGUGUGUGUGUGUGUGUGUGUGUGUGUGUGUGUGUGUUUAAUUAACCCACAUCAUGCUUCUGUGUUGCAUCAGUGAUAAUCUACUGAACUUUGAUUAAGGAACAACUCUAAACAACAAAGAUCAAGCAUUUAACACAAAAAAAGGAACUGUCUUUUUGUAAUACCUGCUUUAAUGUUACCAAACUAAACCUCUUCAUUAAACAUGUGUAUAAAGUGAUUUUUAAAAAGGUAUUAAUAAAUAAACAUAUUUGAAAGUAUCAAAUCAAAA